GAAAGAAGCGCGGUACAGCACUGAGCAGGCCCAGUUAAAAUUCAGGAGACUACGGCUGCGUACGCACCUGCGUGAAAGGAGGGCCAUUUCAACUCGAAAACAUGCCUCACUGCGAUGUUCCACAAGAAUCGUGACAACUGACAACACUUUGGGCUUCUAUUGUACCUCGUAACACUCCAACAUCGUCACCAGGUGGAGCAUUGCUCUGCACCUCCCACCCGCGUGCAGUACCUAGACUCUGCCACACUGCACCAUGUCUCGGCCACGCCCAUGGUGCACCAUCCUGUAGACCACACUCGGAGAGGCCACGGACCAGUGGCAAGAAGCAUCACAUCAUGUUCAGAGAAAGUGCACUUUUGUGACAGCUGAAGAUGUUCUGCUCAAGAUGGGCCAGCAAGCUGCCUGCAAAGAGUGGACUCCGAAUGUUGAGUGCCAACCCCGAAGUGCACGCCAUCAUCCGAGUGGACCAUGCAGGAGAGCUGGGCGCAGACAGGAUAUACGCAGGGCAAAUGGCAGUGUUGGGUAAUUCAGCCAUUGCUUCACAAAUACAACACAUGUGGGAUCAAGAGAAGGAGCAUAAGGCGAAGUUUGAAGAGUUGAUUUAUAAAUACAGAGUUCGUCCAACUAUCAUGACACCCAUAUGGAACGUAGCAGGAUUUAUUCUUGGUGCAGGUUCCGCCUUGCUGGGGCAGAAGGCUGCCAUGGCGUGCACGGUGGCGGUGGAGUCUGUGAUAGUGGAUCACUACAACGAGCAGCUGCGCACUCUCAUGGCAGACCCUGGGGCCAACGCGGAGUUGCUGGAGACCAUCCGCAAGUUCCGCGACGACGAGCAGGAGCACCACGACCUGGGACUGGACCACGGGGCCGAGCAAGCGCCGUUCUACCAGCUGCUUAGCGAAGUCAUCAAGUUUGGAUCCAAAGCAGCCAUUAGUAUUUCUAAAGUCAUAUAGCUGCUGUAUGUUUGUUUGCCACAAAAUAUUUAAAACAAUAUAACAUGGUAUGUGUAAAUGAUCAGUCUGAACUCUAAAGUUAUACAUGCCAAUUAAGUUCGUAGAUGAUUGUCAGUUUUCACAUAUGUUUCCCCAAUAUGUCUUUUUUUUUCAAUUGUUAAUAUAUUAUAUACUGUGCUUCAUGUAAAGGUCACUUAGAACUUUAUGAACUUGGUUCAUCAUAAUGUCUUUAUUAAUGAAUUUAUAUAAUUCCUGAAGACUGACAUUAGGACAUUCAUGCAAGCAGACAUACUUACCCAGUAUUAUAAACUCCUAUCCCCAAAAAUCAUUAACAUGUUUUACUAAUGAAUGACACAAUAUAUCACAGAAAAAAAGUAUAUUGUAAAACUGUAUAAGUUAAUACAAACAGAUGUAAUACGUGCACUGUGUAGCUCCUCACAACCGGCAUGCCUACAAGUAAGUGUCCAAACUUCCAUUAGCGCACCUCUUUAAAACUUCCGUAGCAGCAAUUUUAUUUUUUAUUUGACAAGACCAUCAAGUUUUAAAUGGGCUUAAAAGAAUAUUGGUACCAACACUGUGCUCAUUAAUUAUGCUACGGGUCACACCCAAACCUCCCUUCUUCAUCACAUAAAUCUGAAGUGAAGGAAGCAAACUAGAAAGUGUAGACAGGAGUCAUUUUUUGAUAACAAUUUAGGAUCAUAAGCAUAACUAACGUAAUGUGCAACAUCUACCUCUAUUUAGUGAGAUCCAGUUAUUAUUUUGAUAUGUACCUCCUUCACAGUGUCGCCCCUGGAAGCCAAUGGGGCAGCUGCAAGUUCCCGGAGAGGUACAGCUGCCUCCAUUCAUGCACUGAGGAUAGCACAGCGCUGUCUUGCAAUACUGCCCCAUGUAGCCUUCUGGACACUGGCAUAUUUUAUCAUGGUUACACCAGCCUCCAUUGGCACAGCGCUUGUCGCACUCCGGAUCAGGUCCUGAAAGAGUACGUCCCCCACCUGAGUGUAAUCAGGAUGGCAGUCACGAAGCACAGUAUGAUUCAAUCUGCAGUGAUUUAGAAGUACAUAACACAGGCAGAGACUGCAAGAUACUUUGAAAGCAUAAGCAUCCUUCACCAUAAUUAAAAAUAUACAUUAAUUUUAUUCAAAAUACAUAAUUUACCAAACAUUAGAGCACUGACAUAUCCACAUCCUAAUUAAAACUGACUCCAUCAAUAUUUGGACCUACCCAGUAAAAUUGCCAAAAGAGUGACAACUUGUGGUUAAUGUCAGGGACAAUAGCACACAAAAAAGCAUGACAAUUUAGAGUUUAGUGGCUUGGCUUAUUACUCAGGACUUGUAACAGUAAGCAACUUUAUGAUUUUUUUUAUUUGAUUUAUAACAUUACUAAAUAUAGCUAAUUUUUUUACUUUUAAUGUGCACAGAAAAUACUCUUUAGUUUCUAAAAAAAAAAACUUACUAGCUGAAUAUAAUAGAUAUUUAAUAUACAGUAGUUUCAAGUAGCCUAUGAGAUCGCAUCUUUCAAGUCCAAUGUAUGAACUAGUCCAACAGGAAUGAUGCUACUUGGAAUCUGAUAAUUUACCACGAGUUGUGCACAACAUGACAUAUUAUAACAGCAAAGAAAAGAACACACCAAAGGUAAAUGUUAUAUAAAGCAUAUAGGAAAUAAAUUCACAAAAAUGCCUUCUGUGAUUGUUUUACAUAGCACAAAGAUGAAGAAAAAAUAUAUUUAUAGAAAAUUCUCUGUGAAGUGAAAAAGGUGUAAAAAUCUACUGAGAAUUUGUUAGAUGUAUUUCAAAAACCACUGUAUCAAUGGUUACUCAAAUAAGAAAAAAAUAAUUAAAUAUGUGUGUGUGCAUGCA